AAAAAAGUAACGGUGCGCGCGGAAAGAGGAGCGCGAGGAAGAUGGGCUGUGAGGAGCGCGCGCACGGGAACUUCUAAUCCACUCCACAGACCAUCCGAUCAGCGUCUGGAUCAUAGCGUCAAAGAUGCCUGUGCUGGAGAGAGAACCAUCCAGAGACAGCAAUGUCCUACCCAAAGUACCUGUACCGGACCUGCAGCAAACUCUGUCUGCGUACCUGAAGUGUGUGAAACACCUCGUCCCUGAGGCCCAGUUCCAGAAAACCAAAGCCAUGGUAGAGAAGUUCGGCAAACCAGGAGGAACAGGAGAGAUGCUCCAGAAAAAGCUGCUGGAGAGGAGAGACAAGACCGAGAACUGGGUUUAUGAUUACUGGCUGGAGGACAUGUACCUGAACAACAGACUCGCACUUCCUGUCAACUCCAGUCCCGUCCUGGUGUUUCCCAAACAGGACUUCAGAGACCGAGACGACUCGCUCAGAUUUGCUGCUCAUCUCAUUUCAGGAGUGAUGGAAUAUAAAGCCAUGCUGGACAGGAGGACUUUACCCCCGGAUUACGCUCGAGGUCAGCAGGCCGGCAGUGAGCAGUGUAUGGAGCAGUAUUACCAUCUCUUCACAUCAUACAGACGACCUGGACUGAAAAAAGACUCGCUGAUCACACAGAGCAGCACAGGAGCCGAGAAAACCCCUGAACCCGGACACGUUAUAGUGGCCUGCAGCAACCAGUUCUUUGUGUUAAAUCUGAUGGAGAAAUCCCGGAGGCUGAACGAGAGCGAUGUCCUAACCCAGCUAGUCAGGAUCAGUAAAAUGGCGGAGCAGGUGGAGGAGAAACGUCCCCCCAUCGGCCUCUUCACCUCAGACGGCCGGACCGAGUGGGCUAAAGCUCGAGACGUGCUGCUCAAAGACCCAGUGAACCGGGAGUCUCUGGAGCUGAUGGAGCGGUGUGUGUGUGUGCUGUGUCUGGAUGAACCCACUGGAGUUCAGCCCACUGACUCCAACAGAGCGUUACUCAUGCUGCACGGCGGCGGCCAUGACAAGAACGGCGCCAACCGCUGGUACGACAAGUCCAUGCAGUUCGUGGUUGGUGCUGAUGGUGUGUGUGGCGUGGUGUGUGAACACUCACCAUUCGAGGGGAUCGUCCUGGUCCAGUGUACUGAAUACCUGCUAAAGUACAUGACCAGAAGCCCCAGUAAGCUGAUGAAGAGGUCGAGUGUGACUGAUCUCCCAGCUCCACAAAGACUCUCCUGGAAUUGUUCUUCUCAGAUCCUGAGCAUGCUGUCGUCCUCCGCUAACAACCUGCAGAGGCUUGUGAGAAACCUGGAUAUGGAGGUUUUCGCAUUCAGAGGUUAUGGCAAGGAGUUCAUCAAGAAGCAGAAGAUGAGUCCUGACGCUUACAUCCAGAUGGCACUACAGCUGGCCUUCUACAGAUGCACCAGGAGGUCGGUCUCCACCUACGAGAGCGCCUCCACUCGCCGUUUCCGUCACGGCCGCGUCGACAACAUCCGCUCAUCCACUGCCGAGGCGCUGCACCUCUCCAAAGCCAUGACAGAUGAGGGAGCGUGUGUGCAGGACUCAGAGAAGAUGGAGAGACUGAGGAAGGCUGUAGACACACAGACCCAAAACACUAAGAUGGCCGUUACAGGAUUGGGAAUAGAUAAUCACCUGCUCGGGCUUCGGGAAAUUGCCAGAGAGCUGAAGAUGGAAACUCCAGACAUUUUCACAGACGAGACGUACCACCUCAGCAACCAGUUCAUCCUCUCCACUAGUCAGGUUCCUACAUCAGUAGACAUGUUCUGCUGUUAUGGGCCGGUGGUUGCUAAUGGUUACGGGGCGUGUUAUAAUCCUCAGGCUGAACACAUCCUGUUCUGCGUGUCCAGUUUCCGUGAGUGUGUGUCCACGUCAUCUCUGCUGCUGGUGAAGGCUCUAGAUCAAGCACUUAUAGACAUGAGGGAGCUGUGCAAUAGAUGCAGUGCUGUCAGUCAGAAAGAGGGUGGGGCUAAGCCAGCCACGCCCAGGAAGUAAGUCAUGAUAAGUUGACAGGCUAUCGUCCGUUAUCACUAACCUCUUUGGGAUUGUUUUAUUUGAAAGCGCUUUCUGCUAGCUAGCUUUUAAUCAAUUCUCGGUAGUGGACUACUGAUGAUUACAGCGCAUUAAGGUCUGAGUCCUUCCGGUUUCAUGUGCCAAUAAUCGGUUAUAUGAUAAAUUAUGAUAUCAAUCACACCAUAUUAUUAUCACAGACACUUAAAUAGAUCAUCAUUGAUGUUGUGUUCAUCUAAAGCUGCCUUUAUUCUGCAGAAUUCUCAGGCCAAUUUUGCUGUCACAGAUAAAAUUUCCACAUCGCUAAAGAAUGAUUUGAUCUUGAGUUGAGAUUGGUGGUCUUAGCACACAUAAUGCGAUGGCCGAUUUAGUGUCACUGCGACCACAACAAAGUGCUAGUCUAAAAUCCACCAAUAGGAGGACGGCAAACUCAUGGGACAGCUACAAACAGGGUAGCGGCAAUGGCAAAAUGUAAACAAAACAGCUAAUGGACUGAAAAACCUCCCUGUUACCUCAAACUCACUUAUGUUUGUGUUUACGCAAGCCUGUUUUCUUCAUGACCUCAUUUCCGCAUCAUGCUGCUCGAUGACAUAAGCAGAACAUAGUCUUUUUGUUUAUCAUUAGAGGAGCUUCUUUGUAUAAUCUGACAUAAUCUGACAGAAAUAAUCUAAAAAGAUGUGCAGAGUAAAACCAGGUUAAGUUAAAAAGAUAGCGAGCUAGGUAGUAACUAAACGUGAAUGCAUGCUAGAUAGAAGUGACAAUGCAUGACAGCUGAAUCCCACCAUCACUUCCACGGUUUAUUCAUGGUCAAAAUGCUGACGAGUGCAGCUAAACAUAUCUUAUAUAUUUCUAAAGUGAUAUUAACCAUGAUAAAAAAAAAAGUCAGGCAAUCAUCAGAGCAUUGUUUGGAAAUUCUGAAAAAAAUAUUGGCACGUCUGGUUUUGUGUAAUCCAGACAGAGCCUAUGUAUGUGUUUAGUUUUAUACAGAUAGAUUUGCUUACUUCUUUUAGAAAUAAAAACCAGGCUCACUACAUAGUAAAAAAAAAAAGACAGAUACUGAAUAUGAUUUGCAUAUCCUGUGUGAGAUGGUUCUAUAAACUAUGGAUAGUUCUCAUGUCGCUUUGUUGCCAAUUCAUUCCCUCACCUAAUAAAUGAAGCCCUGCGCUGUAGUGUUAUAAACGUCGCCCUGUUUAACAGCGGGAAACUGUGUGUAGAUACUGUGAUGGACUGAACACUGUGAUACUCGGUCGUGCCAUUAUCACACCCCGAAUUUAUCCCUGUUGUACAUCGUGUAAUAAAAACAAGUGAAAGUUAGUAGUUCAGGGCCUCUUUGAAGUGGGAUAUGUGCAGAACUUCCAGUUAGCAAACAAAAGUCUAAGGGUGCGUCUCAGUCAGUUCACUAGGUGGUGAAUCAGUAUAUUGUGUACAUGAGUUCGGACUCUGGUAAGGACCCUGGCUCACUACACACUGGUACAAUGAUGACUCAAUUUCCAGCGACGUGACUAUGUACUCGCGUUGUAAAACAUCACCACUGGCAUUUAUCAACAACAGGCAGGACUGAAAUCUUUCUGACAUUAAUGUCAUGUAAACUUGUUAGCUUAAUCACACAUGUUUCUGUUAUGGUACUUCAAGUAGGAUCGUAGGCUAGCUAGUGGAUUUUUUAAAAUCAUUAAACACUUAAAAGUCGAUAGACUCAAACAAACCGUAUAUAGAACGUCAAACAAAGUUAAAAAUCACUAACGUAAGUAAUCAUUUGAGAGCUGCAACAACGAUAACAAGCUACUUAUAUUUGUAGAUAAGGUUGGCAGAGAGUUUGUCCGCCAUUUGUUUUGAGCUGAGAGGCUUCAGAAAAUGAUAUAAUUUCCAGUAAGGGAACAUAGUGAGCAUCGAUGCUCCCUGGUUUUUGUGGUGCAUUGUGGGAUUUUUUUAGGAAGCGAAUGUUCCAGUGAACUGAAAGGAUUUUGAGAUUGAGACAGCCCUCAAAAUGGCCGACUCUCUGAUCAGUUCUGAACUAGGGACCUGACUGAGACGCACUCUAAGUGUUUGCUGUUUAUAGUGUAGUGGGUCAACCCUACGCUUUCUGUGUUCCCAAAGUCCUGUGUUCUGAGGGUCUUCUUUUCCCAGGGACCUGCAUUGCCAUGGUCCUGUUUCCAGAGUCUUAUAUUCUCAGGGCUUUAUGUUUACAUGGUCCCAGUUUCCUACUAAACCAGAUUGCCAGGUUUCUAUUUUACCAGGAUCCUAUGUUCCCAGGGACCAAUGAUUCUAGGGUCAUAUAUUUCCAGGGACUCAGGUUUCCAGGAUUCUUGAUGGAAUGCUCCCAGAGGUAUAUGAUGUUUUCAGGGUACCAUGUUUCCAGGGUCAUAUGUUCGCAAGGUUCUGUGUUUCCUGGAUUCUGUAUUUCCAGGGUCUUAUGUUUCCAAAGCGUUAUGUUUGUAGGGUCCGAUGUUCCGAGGGUUCUGUGUUUCCAGAGUCCCAUGUUUCUAGGGUCCUACAUUUCCAGCUUCUGGUUUUUCCAAGGUCUUAUUUUUUGAAGGCUCCUUUUUUUUUUCCCCAAGGUCCUGUGUUUCCAAGGUCCUAUAUUACCCAGGUCCUGUGUUUCUAAGGUCCUGUGUUCCCAAGGUGCUGUAUUUCCAUGAUCCUAUGUUCUGGAGGUUUUGUAUUUCCAUGGUCCUAUAAUUCCAGGGUCUGAUGGUUCUAGCAUCCCGUGUUUCCAAGGUCCUAUGCUUGUAGGGUCCUAAGUUUCCAGGGUCUGUUUUAUAUACAAUUAUACAUAUUCAAAUAUUAUGUUUUCAGAAAAUUGUGUUUAUUAAAUCAGUUGUAGUUUCCACUUACAGGUCUUUUAAAGAAAGGCUUUGUUGGAAAUUUUGCACAUAUCCUGCACAAGGUAUUAUGAGGCUCUUGCAGUUAAUUCAUAUUCAUUUCCAAAUGUGUAAAGAGUCACUGAUUAUGUGCCACAAUCCAUAAACAAAAUGUGAAUUUGUGGUUAUAUUUAAAAAGGUUAGCAAUUUCUUUUCAAUUUCAGUGUGAAUAGAAAGUUUGCCGUGAAUAGAAAAAUGUCGUGUCAGCAUGUCAGGUUAAUCUGUAGAUGAGAAAGUUUUAACAUUUUUGCUGAAUAAUAAAAUGAUCAGAUCUGUUGAUUACAGCGAUUAACACAAAUACAGAAUCAUUAUAUGAUCAAGUACUUGAACUAAAAUGAUUGCAAGAGUUAAAAUCAAACGAGUUGCACUUUAUGUUAAAAAAGUAUAUAUUGUAAAGACUAUAAACGAUGUGCAUUCAAAAUACAUCCAGCAGUUUACUGUAAUGUUAUGUGCAGUUAUAAAUCUAUUUUUGUUGUGUGUCAACCAAAAACAAAACAAAAUACACAGCAAUAAAUUCAGAGGCAAACCUAUUUAUAAUGUAUAUGUGUAUAUGUGAUCUACGUAUGCGUGUUCCUGUGAAAUGUUGUAAACAUCCAUAUAUAAGUAUUUACAUAGAUUUUAUAUAUAUUUACAUAAUUCAUGAUAUCUGGUUACCUUGUUACAUUUGUUAGAAAACAUGUAGAAUAACGUCAAAUUAAAUAUGUAGGUUGGAAAUUAAGGGACAUGAGGGGACCUAUUUACAGGAUUUAUUUUUGCUCAUUUAAAAACAAAAAAAUGAACUACAUUAAAAUAGUAAAAUAAAAUGUAAAAAGUUUCCAAAAGGUCUAUUAUUACCUAAUGUCCUGUACAAAGUAUAUAUAAUUUUAAAUAUAUUUUAACAAAGUUUUAAGGUAACAAGUUAUCAUAACCAACAACUUUAUCAGUUGUGUUACUACAUUUUCCUUUUCAUGGUAAAUGUCUAUCAGUAAAUGUCUAUCAAUGAAAUUAAAAAUGAAUAAAAUGUUCAGUGUAUCUGUUUUAUGUGUUUAAGAUGGAUGUGAACAAAGAUUUGUGGUAGAGUUUAUUUUAUUUUGUUUACGUAUUAAAUUGUAAAUUAUCUAAACAUAUGUGUUUAUGUGAAUAUAUAAAUGCAUAAUUUAUUUAUUCUAUAUUUUUACUCAUGUAUUUAUUAAAUAAAUGUUAAUUUAUUUCUCUGUGUAAUUAUGCAAUACGUGUUAAAUUCUACUUGCUCACUCACAUGCUUGUUUCUUGCUCAUUUAUUAGGGGUCCAAGCACUGAAGUUUGUUUUUGUUAGGAUUUUUAGGAGUCCUCUUAUUCCUUGGCUUAAGGUGAAUUUAUGGCAUGAUGGACUUUUUUUUUUUUUUUUUUUUGCUAAUUUGCAUAAUAUGAAAAACCUACUUUUGUGAAUUCGUCAUUGGAUUUUUGGUCCAUGUUCACAAUUUUGGUGUGACACAGCAGUGUGAAACUCAAUUAUCAAAAAAUGGUGACAUUUGUAAACAGAAUGUCAAUCAUUUCUAAUAAGGCGGAGUCAAAAUUAUUCUAACAGCUGUAACUCAUGACUGCAUGAAGACAAGAAGUGGCCACUGGGGCAUUAUUUGCAAGGAGUGCUUGGACCCCGAAGUUUGCUGCUUACAGCCAUAUUUACUUAUAUUUACUUUUUUUCUGUAUUGAAUGUGAAUGUAUUUAGGUAUUUAUUUAUUUAUUUAAAAUUUUGCCUAUUUAUUUAUUUGCUUGUUUUUGUAUUUUAAAAAAUAUUUACUAUACAUGGUUUAAAAUAUUCCAAAUAAAUAUAUACAUUUAUUAUUAGCUUUGUUUAUUUUUUAUGUAUCAAUGUCUACACUACAUAGUACAUUAUAUCAUACAGUAUCACCUCGUCCUGUUUUAUUUUUAAAUAUUGUAUUGUAUUAAUAUAAUGUGUAUAAAAUUUCCAGGUAAAUGUGUUAAAAUGUCGCUGGUGUCUGUCUGAUGUUUGACGUGUUAGUGCCAGUGUAGUGAUAGUGUUGUCAGAGUUUAUAUUUAUUUAUGCAAACACUAAGAAAUAGUCUAUUUAUUUUUGCAUUUCCAUAAUUCUGUGUGCCAUCUAUUUUUUAUCAGAGUACAGAUUCUAUUUAAUUGCUAAAACAUAACAAAAAAGGGUUUAUCAUAGAUUCUGUGUUAAAAGAAAGAAAUGUGUUUAUGUAAUAUUACAAUAAAGAUGUUUAUGAGAGAUGACAAA